AUGCUAAACGAGUUCAUCGGCCGGCAAGUCAAAGAAGAAAUUAUGACCAUGGACUCGGCCGACUGCAUGAUGACGCAACAGCCGUUGUCCGGAAUUCCAAAUCCGGCCGCGGCCGGCCUCAAUAGCGAGCACGCGCAUCACAUGCUCCGCGACAUACUUCAGGGCAGGAAAAAGGAACUGCUAGCCCUCGAACACGAGUUCCGCAAUAACGCCGACGACCCGUCGUCCCCGGACAACAUGAACAACAACAACAACAUCAACAAUAACAAAAACGUCAGCCUGCAAGACGACUGUACGACGACGGGGUCCAACAAAGAAUCCAAAAUGGAACACAUCAUCGACAACUGCAGCAAUAAACAGACAGAUUCCGCCGAGGUAAGCCCGAUUAAUAACAAUAAUAAUAAUAACAUGAUAAACAAUCACGACGUGGAUGACUUAAACGAGGGUAGUGAUUCCGAACGGUCGCUCGGGUCACCCGAGUCCGACACGAAAGAGAUAGCGACCGCCGAGGAACAGAGCAAAGAUUCCGAGGUAAAAGUUGAACAGAACGAAUUGAAAAAAGCAAGAGUUGAAAAUAUUGUGUCCACGAUGAGGUCCAGUCCGUCGUUGCCGGUCCAGGUGAACGGUUGCAAAAAGCGCAAGUUGUAUCACCCGCAACAGCAUGACAACAGCGAGCGGUACAACAACCAUACGAUGGACGUGGACGACGACGACGACGAUGAUGACGAGGGACUGAGCCCCAACGAACUUCGACAAAAAAUGGUCGAGAAAAACGUUUUGAAAAACCAAUUGCGCACCAUGCAAGAACAGUUGGCGAAAAUGGAACAAAAGUACGUUCAGCUGUGCACCAGAAUGGACAACGACGAAGAACCGUCAGAAGACGUCAGUGACGUGGAACAAGAACAGCCGGAAAUACCGGUGGCACGGAACAGUCCUCCGGCCGCUCCGAAGUCCCUUACGCCGCCGCCGAUACCUCCGUCACCACAAAUCAAUCCGAAUUUUUCGAAAAUGGUGAAAUUCCUACCGCAAACACACAUGCCCAUACACCCGUCAUUCAACGGAGCCCUGACGUUGCUCCAGCAGCAAGUGCUCCAAGAACAACACAACACCCACAAUCAGCAUCACGCUAUCAAUAACGCCGCUGCCAUGUACUUGGGAGUCAGCCACAAACUGUUUUUGGAACAGGAAGCCAGGUUAGCCAAAGAAGCCGCUAUGGUAGCCGAACAACAGCACCAACAGCACCAACAGCAGCAACAACAGCAGCAGCAGCAGCAGCAACAACAACAACAACAACAACAACAACAACAGCAACAACAUCAGCAACAACAACAACAACAACAGCAACAACACAAUAUCCAACUACAGUUGCAAAACCAACACCAGAUGAACGUGGUCGCGAACGCGCCGCCGUCACUGCAGCAACACCAACAAAAAGCUACGUUACCGGAAUUACCCGAGAAAAUAGCCACGAGUUCCAGUUCGGGUAGACAGACUUCGACCGGACCGCCGUUUCCAGACUUGGAACUUUUAGCGGACGCACUCAAAUCUGAAAUAUCCACCACACUGACGGGACUCAUCGACACAAUAAUGGCGAAAUUCGCACACCAGCGUAAACAGUCCAAGCUGGCGGACUCGGAACUUUUGAUGAAAGACGUGGGCGAUCGUAAGUCACCUAGGACCAAAGUCAUUGACCGUGGUAGCCACGGCGGCGGAGACCGGAAUUCCAGUUUAGCAAACGGAUUUUCGAAAAUAAUCAACGGUGGCGGAUACGGCAGCUCCAACAUGCAGUUGGGCGCCGGCAGUGGUAACGUUGGCGGCAAUGGUAACGGUCUAUUACCCUGCAACGGACCGGCCGAAAUGAGGAAUGGGUUGGUGAACACAACGUGCAGCGGCGGCGGUGUCUAUAACGGCGCCGAUGCGGCGGCACUGGGUCACGUUCGCGGACCUCAAAUGUACGCGCCAAAAUUGCACGGCGCGGCCGGUCUAAGCAACGCGGCAGCGGCGGCCGCCCUGUACUCGUCCAUGAGCGUACUACCGUCACACCUUAAUCCGUUCUGUAAUGUUGAACGCGAACCGGCCCCCGAACAGAACGAGGCCCUUAGUUUGGUGGUGAUACCUAAGAAGAAACGGCACAAGGUUACCGACACUCGGAUCACGCCGCGUACCGUCAGCCGGAUAUUGGCCCAAGACUCCAUGAACAAUAACACCAACAACAACAACGGCCCCAUGAUGGAUAGCUCCAGCAGGGCGCCAGCCAAUAUCGGUGGCCCGCCGGCCGUCCAGUCCAUGCCGCCGACCGGCGAUUCCCCUCCGCCGUCGUCGCAACAGCGAGUUUUCCACCAGCAGCAACAGCUGCAAUCUCCGGCCGCUCAGCAGCCACCGCCGCAGCAGCAGCAGCCACAGCCGCCGCCGCCGCCGAUGUUGCCGGUAUCGCUGCCCACCUCGGUGGCCAUACCCAACCCCAGUCUGCACGAGUCCCAAGUGUUCAGCCCGUACAGCCCGUUCUACACCAGCCAGCACCAGGGCGGGCCGCAUCACAUCCCGUCCAGCCCACCCGGCAUGUCCGACUCGCCGCCACCGCCACACCAGCACCAUCACGGGUCCCUGCUCCAUCCCGCUUUGCUGGCGGCCGCCCAGCACCACAACUCGUCGCCCGACCUGAUGAGCAUGAAAGCUCGGAUGGACAUGUCCAUGGGCAACGGCGGCAACGACAGCGUCGACCGGAUAUCCGAGUGCAAUUCCGGAGACGGGCCGUAUGACGGCAUGUCGCCUAUAAUAUCCUUUUUAUACAACAAACACCAUACUAAUUUCGUAUUUUAUUCCAUUUUCAGGAUUUAUUUUAUUAUUAUUAUUAUUGCCGUUACUCGUGUAUCGUUUGUGUAGUACAUUCCUGUUUUUCAAAUACGGUGUAAACUACAAAAUACUUGAUAAUCUCUAAAACGAAAUAAUAGUAAAAAAAAUAAUAAUAAUCGUAUGUUACGUGUCCUUAACGAUAUUCCGUAAGAAAUCCGAAAACAAUCGAAACGCUUCGCGUGUUUGCCAGGAACUAUACACGUAUUAUACGUACGAUACCCACAAAAUAUUCAUGUGCGUUUGAUAAAAAAAAUAAUAACAAUAAUACCUAUAGAGUAAAAGAAUCUUUUGUUUAUUGACAAAACCGCCGAAUUCUGUACGGUUUUGCACCUAUACGUAUACGUGUACGUAUGCAAUCGCGUGUCGUUUCUGCCCCUCGUGUCGCCUCGGCCCCGCCAACGAUAAGAUUAACAUAGUUACGCGUUCCCCUUCCCUCCCCCCGAUAAAUCCGUCUCGAAUUCAAAAAUAUUUCUAACGGAAAACUUUAGGCGCGUUUUGUUAUCGAUUUGUUCGGUGCUCGGUGCGCUGCGGUAUAUCUCCAAAAUAAUAUCGGUUAUUUAUCUGUUGUACACACGUGUAUAUACGCGUACGUUAAAAUAUAUAUUGGGCAGCGACACUUGAAUAAAUAAACACGGGAGAGGACGACGGGUGGACACGGGCCGCCGGAAGCCCCAGGAAAAACGCGCGCGCCGGAAGACCUAUAAAAGAAAAACGAAACUCGCGCGAUUAAUUGAAUUAUCCGCGGCUAAGAUUUGAAAACGAUACCUUACUAUAUAUAUCGGUACAUUACUUCAGAAUAAUAUACUUAGGUAUACUUACGUGCAAUACAUUAUGAUAUAUGAUUAGCGACUCUUAAACUUCACUAUAAAUAUAAUAUAUGUAUAUACUAUAAUAUUGUGUCACGAAAUGCAAAAGAAAAACGAUUUUUCCCUAACUGUUUAUGUUUACUCGUCUACUCUGACUCCGAUGCACUUGCGAAAAGCCAAGCUGAUGUUCUUCUGGGUCCGGUACCCGAGCUCGGCAAUCCUGAAGAUGUACUUCCCCGACAUCAAGUUCAACAAGAACAACACCGCACAACUAGUCAAAUGGUUCUCGAAUUUCAGGUAAACGACAAAACGAUAAACUCGUAUUAUUUAUAUUUUUAAGUGUAAUCGGCCGCGAAUCUAUGGGGAUGUAAAACGGCGGAGGGGGAAGGGGUGCUCUAUGCUUUUUUUGUUUUUCAGCAAGACGUAACAGACUCGAUUUUUUUUAUAAUUAUAAAUGUAUAGUGCACGCGAGUAUAAUAAUAACUACGAUAUCGUAAAUUAUAUACAUUUUACGGUUCAAAAUAGCGUAACUUUUAUUCGUACCAUUAUCUAAUAUUCCGUCCGAAAAGUAAUCAGAGUCCUCCCGCUCUCCCUUCCCAGCGUGGAUUCGCGACUGAUUGUGUAUACAUAGGUAAUAUCUGUAGCUCGGCACAGGACAAACGGAAGUCCAAAAUGAACGAUUUUCAGGUUAUUAUACAUUUUUUGCGUGUAAAAAUCCGUUUUUCGCCGAUCCGUGUAAUGACGAAAGUCCGUUACAUAUUGUUACCGUGGAUCAGCGGCGGAUUCGAAGAGGGGGGGGGGAGGGGGAGAAGAAGACCCCUCUGACAGUUAUGUUGCAUUUGUAGUCGUAACAAUACGAGUCGAUAAUGGUUUGUAAAUCGGCGAUUAGACCGUUUUUUUACGACACAGUCGGUCGACAACGUCGGUACCAGACUGCGAUCGCGUACCUGCGCAUUUUAUGUUUUAGUAUUCACCGUUCGAAAUCAAUACGGAAAAAAAUGUUGGAACCCCCCCCGCGCCCCCCGAAAAAAUUAAAAUCCCAUAUCCGCCGCCGCUCUUCUGCGUAAAACAUUGUUCACGCGCUCAUUCCAAACGCGUAGGCCUUUUCGGCCGCGUGACACGUCCCCGCGCGCGCUUUUCGCCGGUCACGGUGCUCUCGCGAACAGUCGGCGUACCGCGACAGUGCUGGUUCUGACGUGUAGGCACGCGGAUACCGUACGUGCAUGCGCGGGUACAGGCGGCAUCGGCGGCUGCGUGAGACGAUACCGUGCGCGCAGUCGAAUUGCUGUCGCGUUCGCAGAGUAUCGCGGGCGAGGGCCGUGUGUUAUUGUGACGUUACGGCGCGAGCGUAUUAUUGUCGUAUACGCGCGCAGUGGGUAUACGUACCAGUACGACAGGUACUAUCGCGUAAACGAGCGAUUAGUUAGAAAAAAACAACACGCGCACGGUUGAAAAAACACGAAGAAAAGUAUAUAAUAUAAUUCGUACAUAUGUGUAUAUACAUAUACAUAUACACACACACACGAACCAUGUGGGUGUUAAAUUAAUAUUCUAGCUUUCUUUUCGUUCUUCGCAUCAUCACCAUGCGGGUUACGUUCUAUUUUUUUUUUUUUUAUUUUUUUUUUUAUGUAAAGCGCACCUGCGCUUUAAUAAGUGUUUUGCUCCCUCGGCUUUAGAGGAAAAAAAAAAAACAUUAUAUUUCAAUUCCGUAAUAUUUUACAUACCUAUUAUUCGUAAUAUUAUUGUAACACGUUAUAGGUAUACAUAUAUUAUACGGAUUUAUAAUAUAAUAAAAAAUGCGUACGUUAUGUAUAUAUUAUUACUAUACAAAUAAUUAAUAUUAUACGGGAGGGAUUGUCAAGGACAAUAAAAAAAAUAAAAACAAAAUGAACCGGUGGCGUAUAUUACGAUAAUUAUCUCGUUUCCUUGUGUGGUGGCCGCCGCCGCCGCCGCUGCCGAGGAGGGGAAGUUUACACUUUAUUUAACAUUUUUUUUUUUUUUCUCCGUUUCUUUUCAUCGCCCCUCCCCUCCCUCGAAAUCCGUGCACGUUCGGCGCUGCGGUUCUAUUAGCACGGUACAAUACGAAAAAUACGAUGUGCACGCGACUUAUUGCAGCCAAUUAACGCGCGCGAAGCUCCCGGCGGAGAGCGACCGUCGGCUGCAGCUAUUUUACCGCCGCCGUUUCUUAUCGUCGCGAUUCGCAACGCAAUAAUAAUGAUAAAAAAAAAACACGUAGGUACGCGGGUGCUCGGUUGUGUUUACACCGUAUGACAGUAUAAUACGGCCGUAAGUGUGUGGUUUAAAAUGAAAAAAAAAAAAAACCAUCCCCCCGCGCGCGUUAUUAUCGGCGCCUAAUUUACCGUCGUAUUUUUUUCGUCGCGAAAGGUGCAACGCUAUACACGCGCGCACGCACCCACGCACGCACACGUGUAUGCGCGUUACGCUGCGGAGGAGCGCGCACGGAAUUAUACAAUAUCAAAUAAUACGCGGUUACUACUCGAUCAUCCGCGUACGGCGCGUAUGUACUCGUACGAGGCGCGGCGAUAAUUACGCUGAAUGGGGGUAGUUACGUAUGUUAUAAUUAUUAUUGCUGUUGUUUAUUAUAUGGGGAGAAAAAAAAAAACCGCGAAUUUUUCAUUUUUGAGUAUGCCCGUACCGUACGUUAUAUUAUUACGUUUAAGUGUACGGUAUAGACGCGCAAUAUGGGUACGUACCGAGUGCUGCGGUACGACGCGAUGCAGCGCAAACACUCUCGCGGCGCGGCGGCGGGCAGGGAAUAGAGGAGGGGCGGGGCCCAUAGAAAUAUCCGAAUGUGAUAAUAACAACGAUUGGCUUUUCAUCGCCGCCGCCUCCGUAAUCAUCAUCGUCAUCGUCAUCGCCGCAUCCUCGCGUCGGUUUCGCGUACGUUACGAUAUUGUGUGGCGUACGCGUUUUUCAACAUUUGUUACCCCGCAGUCGGCGGCGGCGUGCCUACGCAUUGUAACAACAUCCGCGCACGAUGCGCCGGCUAUACGCGCAUCGCCCGCGUCGCGUUCUUCGGCUAUUCUUCGGCGCCUCCGCGGAUGCAUCGAGUGCCGUUUCGGAAAAGCGCAGCGCCCGGCUAUAAUACGCGCACGUGUAUUACCGUUCAGACACUCGAAUCGAAACGGUCCGCUGAAUUCCGCUGCAAUGUUACGUACAAUAAUAUUUUUGCCUAUACGCGUGCACGGGGAAAUUACCCCGCCGCGCGCAACAUAAUGACGUACGCGAUACCGUACACAAUAUCCGGCGCCGCGCGGCCUUUUCACGGUGCAUAACACAAUAUGCAAGGGCGGUCCUUAUUUUCGAACUUCGAUCGUUUCGCGCCGGAAUUUCGCAUACAUAUUUUUUAUGUAAAAGGACGUGCUACACUUCGCGCAGUUCAGGGAUCGCGUGUGCGCGGACGGUUCUCGCGACGAUUUCGGACAAAUCAAAUCGGCGUUCAAAUUCAAACCUUACGUUGCGAUGCAAUUAUAUUGUCGCGAGAAACCGACAAAAAAAAAAAAAUAAUAAUAAGAAAAGAGAAAUACCCGUUUACGAAAAAGCGGGGGCAAAACUACUGUCCGGUGUGUGGACGAGAAACUGCAAAUUAUUUCCACCGUCACGCGUCCGAUCGCAUCGCUGUCCAACGCGUUGUCUUUAGCUUUUCCACACACUAUAUCAUUACGUUUAACUUGUAAAAUUUAAAACUAUCAGAUUUUUAAACAAUAAUCAUUUUUUUUAUCGUUUCGUAGUCAUUCAACGAUGAUUUGAUUUGAUUUCUUAGCUAAAUCAGUGGCCCGAAUAGUUUCCCCUCCCCCUCGGCUAAAAACACUCGAACAAAAGGGCCCGCGAUUCGGCGCGAAAAUCUUGUCCGACUCGUAAUCGUCAGAAACAAAGCUUCUAACCCCGCCUCUACAUUUCAAUUUCCGUAUUUUUUUUAUUUUUUUUAUUUUUUUUACUCCCAGCGCACAGCUGAGAAUAUAAUAUAUGAUAGACUUUUUUGUCUGUCUGUGUCCAAAUCUUUCUUUAAUCAUAAACAUCAGGGGUGAUUUCUGAUGAAUUUCGUUUUCUUGCAUUAAUAACUAUACGGUUUCUUUUAAUUUCCAUUUCUUUGUUUUUAAUAUCAACACAAAGAAUCGUAUGAACACGAAAUUCUCAUUGGAUACAAUUUUCAACAUAUCGACGUAUAUCGAUUUCGUAGUCGAAAAUUUGAAAAAAUUAUCUAGCGAUAAUGUUCUGUACAUUAUAAAACUGUGUAAUGAAAAUUUUAUAUUUUGCGCAUCGCUACAUCGUGCCGGGUAUCGUCGGAAAGGCCGGUAAAAAUUCAAUCAUAAAUGUUCUUGGGUGCAGUGAUAAUUUUUACACGCGUAUAAAUAUUUCGCGACAUGUUUAAGCUCUCAAAAGUCGAUAAUAACACGUCUCCUCCUCCCCUCUGGCUUUCCAGCCUUGGAUUUGGAAAUUCUAAAAAAAAAAAUCAAAAAUUGAACGCUUAACCAACACUUAAUCAAAGAAAAAUUAUUGUGAUCAGAAUAUUUCAUUUGUAUAACUACUAUAGUUGUGUCAUUAUGCGAUUUUUUUUUAUUUAUGUGUUAUUUCCCGUUUUAUUAUAGAGAGUUCUAUUACAUCCAAAUGGAAAAAUACGCGCGGCAAGCUGUCAGCGAGGGAAUACAAAGAUCCGAAGAUAUACACGUGAACAAGGACAGCGAAAUCUACAGGGUUCUCAAUCUGCACUACAACCGUAACAAUCACAUCGAGGUAUAAUUCACGAUAUUUUAUAAUAUUUUUUAGAACUUUUUGUUUGGUAUACACGUUUUUUCACGAUGUAUCGACAACUCUGUCGUAAACGCCGGAAACAUUGUCGACAUAAAAUUGCCGACAUUGCUAUUGCUUUUUGGUGUGGACGGAACUAUACGAAUACCAUAACUUAUAAACAAAAACAUAAGUCUAUACGGAGCAUUUUAGAUCGGUUUCUGUCGAAUUUUCCCGCGAAAAUUGAGACUAUUGCAUUAUAUUGUAUUGUAACGGUUAAAUUAUAUUUUUACCGUCUUCCGCGUACUAUGCUUCUCCGUGUGGAUCAACUGAGCUCAUACGUGAGAAUUAGAGUUGUUUCAUAGGCGGAUUGAAACGAACAAAUUCUGGUUGGAUUUCAAUAUAAAUUUGUGUUGUUGUGGGAUACGAGUGUUUUUUUCAAUUUUAAACACCCCUACAAUCCCCAAAUAAAGCCACGGGAAUGAAAUUUUGUACACGCGGAGCGUUAGUAUUGAGGAUUUACCUUUUGGAGGUUUCGAUUUUCCAACACCACCCCAAACAUUUUUUUUUUUAUUACUUUUUUUUUUUUUUUGGUAUUACUAUAGUAUUGUAUAUAGUGCAAUAGUAUUACACGACUAUUAUGCGAAUUGCUCGCAGUAUAGUAUAGUAUUCGAUACAAAAUAGAUGCGGGGGUGAGGGAAUUCGACUCUAUAUUGUGGCGACGGAACUCUGCUGACUCGAUGAUGAGUUCUUUUUCAUUUUUUUUUUUUUUAAUUUCUAUAUAAAAUUGCGUAUGUUGUGUAUUGCAGGCUCCGAACAAUUUCGAGUACGUGGUCCAACAGACGUUACGCGAAUUUUUCGUGGCCAUCCAAAACGGCAAGGACACGGAACAAUCGUGGAAAAAGUCCAUAUACAAAGUGAUAUCCCGAAUGGACGACACCGUCCCGGAGUACUUCAGGACUCCGAACUUCCUCGAACAGCUCGAAUAAACAAAAAUAUUUAAUAUACGCAUCACGCGCGUAUACGUUAUAAUAUGUAUCGUAUACAUAUUAUAUAAUAUUUAUUUUGAUAUCGCGUCUGUAAACUGUGCUUUUUUUAAAAAAAAAAAAAAAAAUUAUUAUUAUUAUUAUUAUUAUUGUGUAUAAUGUAUAAUUAUUAUUAUCGUGUUUUUUUUUUCUUAAAGAAAUUAGGAAUAAAAACCGAAAAAAAAAAAAUUAAAAAAAAAAAAGAAAAGAAAAAAAAAGAAGGCUCAAGAUAUAUAUACCUGACGAGUUUUUUUCUUUUUUUUUUUUUCUGUGAUGGGUUAAUAUUUUAUAAUAUUCUAUAUAAAUAUUAUACAUUGUUGUGUACAGUCAUUUUGAAGACAAAUUUUAUAACAUUAUAUUAUUAACGUUUAUAUUAUUAUUAUUAUUAUUAUUAUUAUUAUUAUUACUAUUAUUAUUAUUAUUAUUAUUAUUAUUGUAACUAUCUUAUUAUUAUUAUUAUCGGUUUCCAAAUAUUUUUAUAACAAAUCAACAAUUGGCGCGGUCUCUUUUUAUUUAUUAUUAUUAUUAUUAUUUUUUUUUUUUUUGUUUUGUACAACGGAAUCAAUAUAAUAUUGUGUUAUUACAUAACGUUGUACGAAAAAAAAAAAAAAAAAAAUCAAAAUUAUCUUUAAUAUUAUUUUAUUUACAUACAUAAUUACAUUUGAAAGAUUACAAUUCGCCUGUAUUUGAAAUCGUAUACGUACACGCGUAACGCGCGCGUGUAACAAUAACGUAUUAUCGUGCGGCAUAUUAUGCGUGUACGCAUAUAAUUCGCAAAAUACAGUCAAUGUACGUAUAGGGAACGAGAGACCCGCUGAAAUUUUUAUUUAUAAAAAAAACAAAAAACAAAAAAAAAAAAAACCACACAAAAUUGUAUAGUUAGGUAUAUAUAUAUAUAUAUUAUAUAAUAUUUUAUAAUAAUAUUAUUAUUGUCCCGGCGACGGGCCGGUUAACGUGUACACAACGUACAACGUUAAUGUUAAUUACAUACAUUAAUUCAUUCACACGGGGUACCCAUUUUUUUUUUUUUUUUUUUUUUUUUUUUUUUUUUUUUUUUUUUUUUUUACAUCAAUCGUUUAGGUUACGUUGAUUAUUAGGUAUAUAAUAUAAUAAUAUAUAUAUUGUUACUUCACGAUUUUAUAGCACUCGCGUAAAAAAAAAAAAAAAAACUUGUCGGUUUUUCCGCAUCGUCCCUCGCCCCCUAAUUGUCUCCCUCCCCCACCCCCACUCACGUGAUCUCACAUAUAUAUAUAUAUAUUAAUAUUGUCCCGAUUUUCUAGCUUAAUUUAAAUUUUUUUUUUUUAGUAUAUUUUUAUUAUUAUUUUACUUUUAUUUUACAUUAAUUUUUUUUUUUUCUGGUGUGGUGAGUUUCUCCUAGUCAAAUAAAUUUACAAAAGACAAUUUAAAAAAAAAAAAAAACAUUAUCGUAUUAUAUUAUAUAUAUAUAUAUUAUAUUAUAUUUAUUUUUAUAAUAGUUCUCGCGUAACAAUAUUAUAAUUUCGUCGUUAUCAUUUAUAUUAUUGUCAUUAUUAUAAUUUAUAACUAUUAUCAUUUUUAUUAUUAUUUUUAAUAUAUUAUCGUUUCGUUCCUUCUCCACACAACAAACGCGGUACCUCCAUAACGGUUUAAUUUUCAUUUUUUUUUUUUUUCUAUCAAUAUAUAAUCAGUUUACAGACAGCUACCUAUUACAAUACACUUAUACCGAGUAUAAUUACUAUUAUACUGACUCGUAAUAUACAAAUACACACGACACACACACUCGUGCAUAUAUAUUUACAUACAUAUACAAUACACAUACACGCAUACAAUAUACAUACAUACGCAUACAUAUAUUAUAUUUAUCUACGCAUACACACAAAUAAUAUUAUAAGACAGACAGAUACAGACAGGCAGACAAACAGACAGACACGAAACGGUGUUUACGUUUUAUUUUAUUUUAGCACUCGAAGAACAUCAUCAUAAUAUUCUAUAACCGUCGCAUCGUCCAUAUUAUUAUUACUAUUAUUAUUAUUAUUAUUAUUAUUAUUAUUAUAUAUUACAUACUAAUAUACACAAGUACACCGAACAGACGACUUUGUAUUUUGUUUGUUUUUCGUUUUUGAUUUUCAACUCGCAUAUAUAAGUACAAAAUAAUAUAUAAUAUAAUAUCACAUAGACACGUUUCUGGGGUAUAUAUCGGUAAUAAUGAUGAUAAUAC